AUGGCGUCUAACUUAUCUGAUGGUAACCAGGUGACGUCUUCAACUUUUCCCCCUACCUCCCAUCGGCCGGUUACCACUUCCUCUUCGCCAGGGCUUCAAGUCACCUUUUUACUCUUAAGCCUAUCCGGCCUCGCAUUACGUCAAAUAUGUCAUAUUCCCAUCUGCAUUAUCUCUCCUCGCCUCCGGCUCUCUCUCCCUCUCUCUCUCACCUCCACCCCUUCCUUCCUUCUCUCCUCCUCGUUCGUCCGCUCUCCAUCUCGCCUCCCUCAAUUCCUCGUGUUCCGUUACUUCAACGUACCAUUGUACUUUUCACUUUACUCCACUUUGUCGUCUCUGAUUGCACCACUUACUUUGCAUUCACGGUUCAGCUACCCCACUUUUUUAGGCUUCUCUGACUUCGGCUCCUCCAUCUUUCCUCUUCCUCUCAUCUCCAUCUCUUUCUCUCUCUCUCUCUCUGCUCUUGGUUUCCGCUCCCGACCCAGAGGAGGCAAGAUACCAUCUCACCUCGUCGUUCGGCCUCUCUUCUGA